AGGAGGAGGAGGAGGAGGAGGAGGAAGAGGAGGAGGAGGGCGAGGAAAAAGAGAAGGAGCCAGCCUCUGGCCGCGGGAGAGAAGAAUGGGAGUACGGGGCAGAAGAGAGCCAAGGAGUGUCGCGGCUUCUAGAAAGACUGGGCGCUCCGACACUCGCUCCUGGGGCUUCUGAAUCCCGGAGGGCUUGGCAAGAUUGCAGUGAGCUGGCGAGCCUGGGCACGGUAACUGCAGAGACCGGGGCAUGGAGAGGACCAGUUCGGGCGGAGCGAAGCUGAGUGCCAGCCACCGCCUGGCAGGGGAUGGGCAGCAGCAGCAGCAGCCCCUGAAGUCCUGUGCCCUGGGCAGCGCAGGCGGCGGCGGCUCUGGCAGCGCCCCUCGGGGCCAGGCUGGGGCGGCGGCGGAUCUCGGGGAGCUCCUUCAGAGAGCCCAGGAUUUCAAGAACCAAGGAGCGCAGUGCUACAAGGAUAAGAAAUUCCGCGAAGCCAUCGGCAAAUACCACCGGGCGCUUCUGGAGCUCAAGGGGUUGCUGCCAGCCCUGGAGGAGCGGGACAAGGACAGCCGGGCACCUUCCACCGCCCACGGGGCCAAGCUGGGCCACCUAACCGAGGAGCAGAGCAAGACGCUGGAAGCCGUAGAGAUCGACUGUUAUAACAGCCUGGCAGCCUGUCUGCUCCAAGCUGAACUGGUGAAUUAUGAGCGAGUCAAGGAAUAUUGUCUCAAAGUUCUGAAGAAAGAAGGGGAAAAUUUCAAAGCCCUCUACCGGUCAGGCGUGGCUUUCUACCACCUGGGGGACUAUGACAAGGCCCUCUACUACCUGAAAGAAGCAAGGUCCCGGCAACCAACAGAUACCAAUGUGAUACGGUAUAUCCAACUGACAGAGAUGAAACUCAGCAGAUGUUCCCAGAGAGAGAAAGAAGCCUUGUAACCAGGAAGCUUCCUUCAGAGAUGGACCCAUGGUGGACAUUGUGCUUCCAGGGGCCCAGCAGGUGGAUUUCCCCUUCCUGGGUUUUGUCCCUUCCCUGUACCUCUCCUAUCUUCCUUCGAAAGCCCCCUUAAUUCCUUGUCUGUUCCCAGUAUGAAGAGAGAGAGAGAAAGAGAGAGCAAGAGAAGCCAGCUUAGAACCUGGCCAGUUGCCAGGAAAUGGUCAAAGCCCUGCUCCCUUGAUGAGAAGAAUCCUGAGGAGAAGGUCUGUGUCAGAGUAGAAAAGGCUUAGCUGGUGGUUUCCACUGCCUGCAUCAUGCCUGGAAGGCGAUUCAUCUUAAAGGCAAAACCUUGAGUCUGUAAACUUGUCUCUUCUAAUCACUUCCCUGCUGGACUAAGCCAUCCCUCCCCAGCCCUAAGAGACAUAUCUAGGAGACAGACACAGAAAGAGCUGGAGACCCCAACCCCCUCCUAGAGGGAUGUAGAUGUGUGUACUCAUUUCCCUCCCACUCCCACACUCCUGUUCUCGGCUCCUGUUGCAUUCUGUGUACCCCCAGCCCCAAAUCUCCCUUUGGGGCUCUAGGAUUCUGUUCCAAGCUCACCUGUCACUGAAGGCCCCACUAAACGCCGGCUCAGUGAACUCAUGUCCUGUUCCCAUAUAGCAACUUUGAUGGCAGAAAGAAGCAGGUAUGGGCAAGUUAGGGUGAGAAAAGGGGUGAGGGAAGGGUAGGCUCUCCAAUGGGAGGAGGGUAGUGAUGCAAAAGCUGGAAAAGCUUUGUAUAAAUCAGGGGAUAAAACUAUGGACUAAUUAAGUGCAAAUAAAAAGAAAUUAAUAGGUGGUAAUUCCUGUCAUUUCUUCUUGAAAUAGCCCCACCCCAACCAUUUUUCCCUGCCCCUCACCCCAUACACUGAGUCAGAGAUGUACUCACAUAGUAUUGGAUAACCUUCAGAGCAGCUGACCAUUCGCUUAGUGCCCUGUGGAGUUGCUUGUCCUUUGUAUUGUACCUUUGCAGAAGUGUCUACCCCCAGCAUGCGUACUCGCACUCCAAUCCAACAAGCAUUUAAUAAAGCACCUACUAUGUUCUAGGACUGUUUUAGGUGCUGGGGGCACAAAGACAGAAUAAAAAUAGUCCCUGUCCUCAAGGAGCUUGAAUUCUUCCCUUCCUUAACCUAAGUAUGACCUAGUCGAGGUUGGGUAGAAAGCUUCAGUUGAGUGAUGAGUUAAUUUUUGAAUAGAUAGAAUUAUUAGGAAGUUUUCUUUUAAUCUGAGACAAAAUCUGUCUCCUUGCAACUUCGGCCCUUGAUCCUGGGCCACACAAAGCAAAUUAAAUCUGUCUCUCACAUGAUAACCCCUCAAUGUCCACCACUAAGUUUUGUCCUCUCGAGGCUAAACAUCCACUAGCAGGGUUUCUAAGUGUCCUCAUCAUUGGGUAUCAUGGUUGCCCUCCUGGAGGCAUCCUGCGUUUUGACCCUGCUUUUCUUAAAAUAGGUUAUUCAGAGCUGGGCUCCCUAUUCCAGAUGUGUUUUGAGCAAGACUGAGCCACAAUGACAUUCUUCCUCCCCACAUCAGGACAUCAAGCCCUAGGAUCAUGUUAGCUUUUCCGGCAGCCAAAGCACACUGCUGACUUCUACAGCACUUGUAGUCUACUAAAAAUUGCUAGGUCUUUUGUCACGUGGAUCGCUUUCUAGGCUUAUCUUCCUUACCUUGUUCUUGUGCAGUUGGUUUUUCUGAACCCAAUGUCAGGAUGUUACACUUACCCUUAUUAAAUUUCAUCUUUGCUUCAGCCCAACAUUCUAACCUGCUGAAAUCUUUUUGGAUCCCACAUCUUAGAUUCCAUUAUAUUAUUGAUCCCACCCAGCUCCAGGACAAGCAUUUAGUAAAACCUGCUACAUGAUAUGCUUUUCCAGUGACACUGAGAGUAGUUCUGUCUUCCCAGAUCAUCCUUAUUAUUAGCCCAUCAGUUCUCAAACAUUUUGGUCUCAAGACACCUUUACCUUCUUAAAAAUCAUUGAAGACCCCAAAGGACUUUUGUUUAUGUGGGUUAUAACUAUCAUUAAUUACUACAUUAGAAUAAGAAUAGAUAAAAUUUUUAAAUAUUUAUUCAUUAAAAGUAGUCACAAGCCCUUUAUACAUUAACAUAAAUGACAAUUUUUAUGAAAAAUACUAUUUUCCAAAACAAAAACAUUAAUUGAGAAGAGUAGCAUCAUAUUACAUGUUGUUGCAAAUAUCUUUAAUGUCUGACUUAAUAGAAAACUGCUUCAUUUUCAUAUUGACUUUUGCAUUUAAUCUAUUGUGAUAGGUUGUUUUGGUUGAAGUUUUUGAAGGAAAUCUAGCCUCACACAGAUAUGUACUUGGAAACGGGUGUAAUAUUUUAGUAGGCAAAUAACAUCUUAGUAUUGUUAUGAAAAUAAUUGUGACCUCAAGGACUCCCUGAAACUGUCAUGGGUCCAUGGAACAUACUUUGAGAACCGUUGCAUUAAGUCAGGAUCUAGACAUUGAGAACAAAGGCAUGGAGAGUGAGUCUCAUCUUUCAUUUUCCUUAGCUCAAGCUUCACAGUAGUUCAUGACUAUAUUGCACUUUACAAUUUAAAAACCACUUUCCUCACAAAGAUCCUGCAAGGUAGGUAGUGCAAGAACUGUUAUCUCCAUUUUACAGAUGAGAAAACUGAGGACCGUCAAGGUAAAUCAAUCAGUAAGCAUUUGCAAAGUGUUUAUUAUGUCCCAAGCUGUUGGGGUUACAGAGACACACAUAAAGCUUUUCCUAUCAUCAAAUGCAAGGAAAUUUCAAUAGGAGAGGCACCAGCAGUUGAGGGAAUCUGGACAGACCUCAUUUAGGAGGAGGUGGUAUUUGGGCUGAGUUCUGAAGAAGGCCAAGAUUCUAAGAGGGGCAACUGCUGAGCCUGGAGUCAGGAAGACUCAUCUUCAUGAGUUCAAAUCCAUUCUCUGACACUUACUAGCUAUGUGACCCUAAGCAAGUUGCUUAACUCUGUUUGCCUCAGUUUCCUCAUCUGUAAAAUGAGCUGGAGAAGGAAAUGGCAAACCACUCCAGUGUCUUUGCCAAGAAAACCCCAAAUGGGGUCACAAAGAGUCGGACUCAACUGAAACAAUUGAACAACAACAACAACAAAACAGAGGAUACUAAGAGGUGAAGGUGGGGGGGUUCACAUAGCUAAUACAUGUCAGAGCCAGCUUUUUCUUUGAUUCCAAAGCACUUAGCCAAGAAGUAUUUAAUAAAUGGCUGUUGAUUGAUUCCUUCUGAUUUGAGGCCCAGUCUCUUUCCAUUAUACCCCAGUGCUUCCUCUUCCCACUCCCUAUCCUGUUGGACAACCUAAAAAAAAGCAAAACAAAAACAAAAACAAAGCAAAAUCGCAAGACACCAGCCUUCUACUAAGAGAGGGACUGGCCUGCUGCCAUUUCCUCAUCUAAUUCCCAUGUACACAAAGGGCAAAAUGCAAUAUGGUCUCUGAGCAAAUGCCUGGAUUGCUCUCAGGGGUGAGAAUCCUCUAUACUUGCCCACUGGUAUUAACUAAGAAGACCACCACCUAUCAUUGGAAAAAAAUCUAUCAAGAUUCAGGUGAUGGCUUAGCUCGCCUCCUCCCCCUCCCUUUGAAGUGCAUUAGGACACAUGGUCCAGCCACAGAAUACAUGUGAAUCACCUGAAAGGAACAAGUAGAAAGAGCUCCAGCCCAUGUGCUGGGCAUGUUGAAGGGUCAUAAAAUGUUAGGCCCCAAAGUGACCUCAGAGAUCAUCUUAAUCUCGCUGCCUCAUUUUACAAGAGAAACUCGGACACGGUGGACUUGUCUAAAGUCACAGCUAGCUCAGCACAAAACCUAAUUAGAGCCCAAUUCUCCUGACUUCUUUCUCCUGAUACUUCUUUCCAUCACUCAAUGUCCAUUCGAAACAUGAUCAAUUGGGGUUGUGUGUGCAGGAACACAGUAGAUUAAGUUCUGAAUGAGUACUUGCUGACACAAGAAGCAUGAUCCCUGUCUUUAUAGUAUCAUAGACUUGGAGUUGGAAGACACUUGGAUGAGUCAAUCUAAUCCAACCAAUCUAAUCUAUUUAGGAGACGAGGACACCAAGGCCCAGAUAGUCUAAGUGAUUUGUCCAAGGACACAGGCAGUGAAUAGCAGAGACAGGAAUCUAAUCCACUUGAUCUGAGAUCCAGCACGCUUCUUAGGGUGUGGAGUUAUUGUCAACAAUCAGUCAUUCUCACCACAUUGCAGUUAUGUAGCAAAAGAGUUCGGGCAAAUUGAAGCCCAUGGGACAGUGGGAUUGCCAAGCUUCGCAACUGAUCCAGGCAAUUUGAUGCAGUGGCAAGAAUUCAGGAUUUGGAGUCAGGAGAGAGCUGGAUUUAAAUCUCAUUGCCUCCCAAAGUUAUAACUAAGGCAGGGUGACUGGGACUUUUUCCAGGGGGCUGAAAUUUAAAGAGUUGAAAUAGCGUAUCCCCAGAGCAUGCUUCUUGUCCUCUUCUGGAAGCUACCUCCACUUGCCCCAGACACAAAAAUUCAUAGUUAGAUCUCUGAAACUCACUAGCUGUGUGAUCAUGGGUAAAUCAUUCAACUUCUCCAAACCUCAGUUUCUUCAUUUGAAAAA